ACCUUCUUCUCUAACACUCUUACGCAGUCUUUUUCAGUUUUCCCAGUUUCAGAGAGAGAGAGAGAGAGAGAGAGAGCAUGCCGAAACAGAAAUAAAGUUUUUACCAGCCAUGGCUUCUCCUUCGCCUCACAUCUCCAAGAUCUGUAACUCCCUCUUAAAACCACCAGCCCUUAUCGGCGGCAACCACACCUCCUCCCGAUUCUGCUCCCGCUAAACCAAAACCCCCAAUACGAUUUCUUUAAAUUUAUACAAAUUCAAUUUAUUUUUAGAUUUCGAUUCCGAAAACAGAUAGAAAAAUAUUCUUUUUUUGUUUUCCAAUUUUUUGUAGAGAAAAAGGUUUAUCUUUUGCAGAGAUGGAACCCGGUGCCGCCGCAGCAGGAAAGCCAGGCCUACUGAAGAACGUUUUUGUACGGUUGUUUUUGUUCGGCGUUUUGAUCGUGCUCUGUCGCUUCGCCUACGUCGUCACCGUCACCGGCGAGUCGUGCGAGCUCGGGGACUUCUGCUUCUUCUCUCUCCCGGAAAAUCUCAACUUCGUUAUAGCGAAUACUGGCGGUACGGCCAUCGCUGUAAGAAAUGAAGCCGUUCCGUCGAUUUUGGCGGGGUCCACGAAGCCCGAUCUCUACACUAGCAAGGACUGGAUCAAGGCCGUCCAUUUCUACUCCGCCGUGUUCCAGGAUCUCAUGUCUCAGGGCUUCCUCUCCCGGAAAGCCAAGUCGCUCUGCGUCGAGACCCCCGCCGGGCACGACGUCUACGCCCUGAGAGAGUCCGGCGUCAAGGGCGCGGUCGGUGUUUUCAAGAAAGCGUCGAGGCCUUUGGUAAUUCCCGGCGAAGCGCACCGUUUGCCGUUCGCUGACAACAGCUUUGACUUUGUUUUCUCCGCCGGCGGACGGCUCGAGAAGUCACCAAAGCCGGCGGAUUUCGCCGCUGAGAUCGUGCGGACGCUGAAGCCCGAAGGGUUUGCGGUGGUCCACGUCGGCGCUAGAGACACUUACAGCUUCCAUUCGUUUAUUGAAUUGUUCAAUUGCAGCAAGCUCGUGACUUCGCGCGACAUCGACGGCUUCGAUUCAUCGAUGCCGAAGAUUCGCGAGAUGGUUUUGAGGAAGGAUUGCGGCGAGAGUGAGGGUUUCGGUCACAGGGUCGAGAACCCUGGUGGCAGUGCUGGUAAUAAGUGCUCAGUUCCUGGGCAUAAGAUGGAGCUCAUCAGAAAGGCCGAGCCUUUGAUUGAAAUAGAGCCGUUGAAGCCGUGGAUUACUCUGAAGAAGAACAUACAGAACGUGAAGUACCUCCCAACAAUGGCGGAUAUAAGCUUCAAGAAGCGGUAUGCUUACGUGGAUGUCGGAGCUCGGAGCUAUGGCUCCAGCAUUGGCAGCUGGUUCAAGAAGCAGUACCCGAAACAGAACAAGACUUUCGAAGUUUUCGCCAUUGAAGCCGAUAAGACUUUUCAUGACCAGUACAAGUUGAAGAAGGGGGUCACAUUGCUGCCUUACGCAGCUUGGGUGAGGAACGAGACAUUGUCCUUCGAGAUCAAUGGCGACCCGGGUGAGAAGGUGAAGGAUAAAGGCAGAGGAAUGGGGAGGAUCCAGCCGGCGAAUCCAUCCAAUGGCGGGUUUAACGGAGAGGUGGAUCGGAUUCAGGGGUUUGAUUUCGCAAAUUGGUUGAAGAACACCUUUUCGGAAAAGGAUUUUGUGGUGAUGAAGAUGGAUGUGGAAGGGACGGAAUUUGAUUUGAUUCCGAGGCUUUUCGAGACAGGGGCAAUCUGUUUGAUCGACGAGGUUUUUCUCGAGUGCCAUUACAAUCGGUGGCAGAGGUGUUGCCCCGGCGAGAGGAGUUCGAAGUAUGAGAAGAGUUACGGUCAGUGUUUGGACCUGUUUGCUUCACUGAGACAAAGUGGAGUUCUUGUUCAUCAAUGGUGGUAACAUUGUUGCAGGUUCUUUGAUUCUAGCAGGCUUUUUCUUUCUUUUUUGUAAUUUUGUUUUGCAAAGGAAAAAGGAAUAACUUUAGAAUU